AAAAAAAACCCUAUAAGAAGAUUCAAAUAGAAUUGAGCCCUAAGGAUCGGAGUUUUGCCUUUCCAUUCCGUUCAAGAUAUGUCGGCGUAUGAAAAUGUUGUUGGUGGGAAAUUGAAGCUCAAGGGAAAGGCACUGGAUGUGAAGGCUGGUGGAGUGAAGAAGAAGAAAAAGAAGAACCAAAGAAAUCAGGAUCAAUUUUCGCAAGUCGCAGAAGAUGAAAUUUCAGCAGGUGGAAGUACAGAACAAGCUAAAGAUCCUAAUGAUCAAGAUAUAAAUGAUGCGAGCAAAUUGAGCGGGGAAGGGAAACCUGCUCAUUAUGACGAUCAUCUUACACCAGCAGAGAAGCGAUACAUAGAACAGAGGGAGAAACUUGAUGUUAAUAGAUUGGCUAAGAUUUCUAAUAAAUCUCACCGUGAUAGGAUUCAGGAUUUCAACCAAUAUCUAGCAAACAUGAGCGAGCAUUAUGAUAUUCCUAAAGUUGGUCCUGGAUGAUUCAAUGAGGGGUACAAGUAUGAAGCCCAAUCCCUAUCAUUUGUAUUUGUUAGUUUAAUAUUGAUGCCAUGUGUAUGCACAACAGUUGUUGCCACUACAUAUCUAUUUUAUUUUGUACUAAGUUAUAUUUCAGAUGAUAUAAUUUGGUUUCUUCUUGCGGAUGGGGAAGUGAUGUUAUUCCCUUCAAAAUUUACACAAUUUUUUUUUUUUUUUUUUA